GGACGUCUCGAUGGAGGAAAGUCUGUUUUAGCAAAUAGGUAUAGUGGCCCAGGAAAUUGGCAGAUGGAUCUAUACAGCUAACAGUCCAAUAUGCUCUAGACAGCUAGCGGGCCGCGGUUAGCAGAUGGACAUUCAGGGGACGUCGCGAUGUAGAGGCUAGUUGAGUACCCCCUCGAGCAGAUUACGCCGUAGUCCAGUCGUGAAGGAUCGAAGGAUUUGAUUUGCAUUUGUCCUCAACACAAUUUCUAGAGCAGAAUUAUAUCUUAUAAAUACUUAUCUUACUCCAGAAAUAUAAUAUUACAAAGGCAGAAGGUAAUUAAAGUGCAACUUACCUCUGUCUCUGGCUAAGAACCCAAGACAAACAUAUUAAGACAAAAAUAUGAUUAGUGCUUCACGUCAAAAAACUGGGUUUGACUGACAACUUUGAGAGCCAAUGGACUUAAAAGUUUUGACAAGCUAUUUUGAAUCCAUUUCAUUGGUCAAAGCGUUGCGAAACGUUCAUGUAGACGUAAAGGGGACAAUAGUAUCGAUUCAUGUAAAAAAUUUAAUAAAAAAUGGUUUUCAUCCAACAGCAAUGGUAUAAUAAUAUAAAUCUAUGAAACUGAAGUGAUUUAGUAAAAUGUAACGGAGUAAAAGGUAAGUUACUUCCUUCAGAAAUUUCGUAAGAGUACAAGUACAGCCCACUGAGAGUAACUAGAAAAGUAUUAGUUCCUCCAAAAAGGGCAGUGGGCCCGAUUCGAAUUCGAACCCAUGCCUACCCUGACACGUGUGCCGUUGUCAUUGAUUGUACCCACUGGACCACUCAGGGACUGAGAGACGUAUUCAUGUAUUUUGCCUAUUGCUUGCCUUGAACAUAUAAUAAACCAAUUGUACAAAAAAAAAUAGAUUUUCCCGAAUGAAAAAUACAUCUACCCCUUACAAAUAUUGUCAAUUUAUUUUAAUUCACAUGAGACGCAUGUAGCCUACAUAGGCUACUUGAACUGACGCCCAGUGGACCUAUAAAACACCACUUACAGCAGCUCCCUAGCCGUGAUUCUAAAUAUUAAAUAGACCUUUAAAAUCCUCCUGCUGCAGGAUUAAUUUCCUCCUGCAAUGAAAUGGUUCAUAUUAAGAUCCAACAUCUCUACCUGACCUACAAUGAGCGGGCAGCUGUGUUUCUGGCAAUGGGGAAGUCCAAGUCAGCCCUGUCGGACCUGACCAUAGCUAUCCGACUCAAGCCAGAUGACCUCAAUGUGAGUGGACAUGGACAAUUGUCAACAAUAACAUAAUCUCUGUUUCAUGACAAGUCACGGUUAUGGACAACAACGUUGUGAUAUUGUUAUUAACGCUCUUUCUCCAUCUAUCUCUGCCUUUUUACCUGUAUCUAUCUUUCUCCAUCUAUCUCUGCCUUUUUACCUGUAUCUAUCUUUCUCCAUCUAUCUCUGCCUUUUAACCUGUAUCUAUCUUUCUCCAUCUAUCUCUGCCUUUUAACCUGUAUCUAUCUUUCUCCAUCUAUCUCUGCCUUUUAACCUGUAUCUAUCUUUCUCCAUCUAUCUCUGCCUUUUUACCUGUAUCUAUCUUUCUCCAUCUAUCUCUGCCUUUUUACCUGUAUCUAUCUUUCUCCAUCUAUCUCUGCCUUUUAACCUGUAUCUAUCUUUCUCCAUCUAUCUCUGCCUUUUAACCUGUAUCUAUCUUUCUCCAUCUAUCUCUGCCUUUUUACCUGUAUCUAUCUUUCUCCAUCUAUCUCUGCCUUUUAACCUGUAUCUAUCUUUCUCCAUCUAUCUCUGCCUUUUUACCUGUAUCUAUCUUUCUCCAUCUAUCUCUGCCUUUUUACCUGUAUCUAUCUUUCUCCAUCUAUCUCUGCCUUUUAACCUGUAUCUAUCUUUCUCCAUCUAUCUCUGCCUUUUUACCUGUAUCUAUCUUUCUCCAUCUAUCUCUGCCUUUUAACCUGUAUCUAUCUUUCUCCAUCUAUCUCUGCCUUUUUACCUGUAUCUAUCUUUCUCCAUCUAUCUCUGCCUUUUUACCUGUAUCUAUCUUUCUCCAUCUAUCUCUGCCUUUUUACCUGUAUCUAUCUUUCUCCAUCUAUCUCUGCCUUUUAACCUGUAUCUAUCUUUCUCCAUCUAUCUCUGCCUUUUAACCUGUAUCUAUCUUUCUCCAUCUAUCUCUGCCUUUUUACCUGUAUCUAUCUUUCUCCAUCUAUCUCUGCCUUUUUACCUGUAUCUAUCUUUCUCUUUCUGUCUGGCUGCUACAGAAGAGACUACAGGACUACCAUCAAUGUGUUGGAUCGGGUCGUAGUGGUAGGGGCUAGCUCCGCCACAGCGCCUCGUCGUUAGGCCUGGUGGUGGAGGUACAGGUUAGCGCUGCACCAGGACCUAGGCAUUGGGCCUGGUCAUGGAGGUAGGGGUUAGCUCUGCCACAGUGCCUAGUCGUUGGGCCUGGUGGUGGAGGUACAGGUUAGCCACAGGGCCUAGUCGGAGGAUGGAAAGAAAGUAAGGCCUAUUUUCCUAAACAAUUCCAUCAUCAUCAAACAGUGCUGUAUUAUACUUCAACGGUCUUUGUAUCAAAUUAUAAAAAGGUAAAAUUCACACCACUGACCCUACCUUCCUUUUUCCAAAAGCUGUCCCCCUGGGACUCUGAGUCUCUGGAGCUCCGGGCUGAAUGCUACAUCCGCCUGGGAAACACCAGGAAGGCCAUCCAGGACCCGACUCCCACUGCCUGGCUGAGGAAUGACAACCGAGCUGCCUUCCUCAAGCUCAGUACCCUGCACUAUAGCCUGGGGGAGAACAAGGAGUGAAUAGGGUAUGAAAUGGCCAUAUACAACUAUGAGUCAGUGAUGAAGACAGAACCUAAUGUCCCCUACUACGCCAAUAAGGCAAAAGAGAGGAUCUGCUUCUGCCUGGUCAAGAAAAAGAUGACUGCUAAGGCAAUAUACAUCUGCUCUGAAGCCCACCAGAGAGAUCCACGCAACAUCAACAUCCUUCGAGAGACAGAGCUGAGGCCUUCAUCCUCAACCGGGACUACGAAGAAGGAGUGCCAACAAAGAGGAAAUGAUCCAUGCGUACAGGCAGCAGGCAAAAAGUGGCAUCCUGACAAGUACAGAAAGGAUUGGGAGGAGAGGAAGGCAGGGAAAAGGUUCAUCGACAUCACCUCUGCAAAAGAGGUGCUCACCGACCCAGAAAUGCGUAAGAAGUUUGACUCAGAAGUUUGAUCACUGGACCCAGAGAGCCUGCAGGGUGGAGGAGGGGGUCAGGGUGGCCAGGGAUGGCCCUUCCACUUUAACCCAUUUGAGUCCGGCGGCAACUACCACAUCAAGUUCCACCACUAGUACUACAUAAUACAAUGUAAAAUAUAUAUAUUAAAAAAGUCUGUCUCUACACAGUAACCGUCAUGCCGUAAGGUGAUCUUUUAUCUGGGUUUUUUCUGGUUUUAUUGCUAGCUUGGGGUGGCAGAGAGUUCCAUGUAGUCAUGGCUCUAUGUAAUACUGUGCGUUUUCCCAGCCUCUCUUCUAGACUUGGGGACUGUGAAGAGGCCUCUGAUUGCAUGUCUUCUGUUGUACUGAUGAGUGUCUGACCUGUGUACCAACUGCUUGAACAGACAGUUUGGUAACACCUUUUUAACACCUCAACACAAAGACCAAUAGUGGCGAUACAGUCAAUCUCUCCUCAACUUUGAGCCUGGAGAGACUGACAUGCAUACCACUGACAUUCGCCCUCCGUGUACAUCUAAGUGCAAUACGUGCUGCUUUGUUCUGGACCAACUGCAAUUUUCCACUCGAGUGGUCAAAGACACAAAGUCCUGUAUAGGUGUGCUGUUCAGUCCUCCCAUCUAGGCCCAGGCUGUUGAUACUGUCAUUACAUUCCUCAAACUACCCAUGUUGUUUUUCUUUAGGAUGUCAGUCUGUUGCUUUUACUUUUGCUUUGUGGUUGUGCCAUUUUCUUCCACCUUAUUCUUCCUCAAAGGGCUUGUUUUGGUAGCAGCGUAGCCUGUUUUGGUAGCAGCGUAGCUUGUUUUGGUUUUUGCUCUGCUAGAAUAGCCUGGGUGCCGGACUGUUUCUCCAUUUAUUUAAUAACGCUAAGACAAGCUCAAGUCGCAUGAAAGCAGAUUCAGAAUGACACCCAAGCUAUUUAAACAGAUUAUAAUCAGAGCUGCACAAUGUUCAGAGCUUUCAGAAUGUUUUAUUAGAGAUAUUUGUUCUCUUCACCACACAAACUAUAUAAGUGUCUGUUCUGUUUGUUAUAUUUCUAUCUGCAAAGUUUUCAACGUUCUCCACUGAAUAUACCCUUGUCUCGACUUAAUUGACACAACAGGUGUUAUGAAAUAUUUGGUGACUUAAUCCUUCCUGGUUGUGUACCCAAUCACCAUAGAGAAUGAUAGAUGCCUCUAGUUGCCAAAAGGCAGUUUUAGCAUUGGCAGUGCCAUUUGAGGACUUAGACCAUUUUAAUGUAGUCAACUGGGUGGGACUUUCAACUUCAUUGGCUGAACCCUUCCGAUGACCUGGUUGGAGUGAAAUCAAAAUCAAAUCAAAUUUUAUUGGUCACAUACACAUGGUUAUCAGAUGUUAAUGUGAGUGUAGCGAAAUGCUUGUUCUUCUAGUUCCAACA